AUGUCCGAAACAGCUUCUAAAAAGGGCCGAGGACGGAAAUACACUUCCAAGGCAUGCGACGAGUGCCGUCGCCGACGAGCGAAGUGUGACGGACAAACCCCAUCGUGUUCUCGCUGUCUCACUCGCAAUAUAUCGUGCCACUAUUCGGUUCAAAAUAACCGACAGCCAGCCCCGAAGUCUUAUGUUCUGCUACUUCGCAAUAGAAUCGAAGCGCUCGAGCAUAUACUACGUUCCCAUGGUAUUGAUGUGGAAGCAUCGCUGUCCGAGUUGAUGGACCAUCACGACUUUUUACCCCCAAAUGACUUCAAUGCCAGUGCAGAGACCUCUUUCACGCAUGACAGCCUUUCUUCUGAUCUGAAUGAUUUGUGCGGAGCAUUUAACGGGGCUUUAACAUUCGAUGAAGCAUUGAACUUCGAUGACGACGGCGAGAUGCGUUACUUUGGACCUGCUAGUGGUCGCCUACCAUUCCAAUCUUCUCGAGAUAUAGAUCCCAAAACCAAUAAUGAAUUCCCCAUAGAGCCUGAAGAAGGACAUAGUCUGAGUGACUCGCGUGGGCAGUUGAAUGAAGUCUAUCAGACUAUUAGCGAAGACGAAAGCACUUCAGAUGAGCUGCAAUCCCAUUUGAUCGAACUUUAUUUUACCUGGGAGCAUCCUUGGCACCAAAUGGUUAAUGAAAAACUGUUCAGGGAAAGCUUACUGCGAAACGGUCGAUGGACUAGUCCGCUAUUGGUCAAUUGCAUUCUUGCCGUUGGAUCUCGAUUUUCAGAUCGUGUGGAGGUUCGCUCAGUUCCCGAUGAUCCGAAUUCAGCUGGACAACUCUUUCUUGAGAGGGCAGAAGUUUUACUGCCGUUUGAACUCAAAUGGCCCAAUAUCACUACGCUUCAGUCGCUGGCUAUAUUGGGCAUGGCUUAUUAUGCAAUGGGGCAAGAUGCUGCCGGGUGGCUUUACCAAGGGAUGGCAUUCCGUUUGGUUCUUGACAUGGGCCUUAAUGUCGACUCAUCCGCACUUGCUAGUAAAGUAUCAAUUCCGGCAGAGGAAGCCGAAUUGAGACGGCAAAUAUACUGGACUUUGUAUUGCCAUGAUAAACUCGCGGCUAGCUACACUGGUCGUGUUUGCACAUUGUUGGAACCACAAGGAGCUGUCAAUUUGCCAUCUCCAACGGGCCAAUCCGACUCCCGCGUUGUGUCACUACAACUUGCUCUUAUUGGACUUUGCCGUAUCCUAGAGCGCAUAUUGCUUUCAUUGUGGGCACCGAAGCCAUUACUUCGGGGACCUAGAAGAUCGGCUUUCUUCGACAAGUGCGUUGUGAAGCUUAGAUCGUGGUAUUACGAUCUGCCAUCCGAGCUUAAAACCAGCACAUCAAACAUACUGCCUCAGGUAUACACACUUCAUAUGGUGUAUUACACUGUCUUUCUCCUGUUAAGCAAGCCAUUUCUCACCCAGUCGGAGGCUGUCAAAAGAUCGAGCGCCACUCACGAUGACCAAGAAACUGCCAAAAAGGCCAAGAUUCUGUGCGAUGAAUCGGCACGAAAGAUGUGUAUGGUGGCGCAGAAAUAUCGUCAAGCGUUUGGUAGUUUUCGAUUAAGUCCCAUCACAGCAACCCAUUGCACCCUUUCUGCGACACUGGUUUCCCUCGAGAAUUACAGCUCUGAACGGAAAGACAUCAAGACGGAACAGAACUCCUUGGCCCAUCAGUAUGAGAUCGAAGCAUGUUUGCAGACGCUCAAGGAGCUUUCAACUCCCUGGCUGCCUGCCAAAUGCAUUCAUCUUAACCUGGGCAAGUUGUAUCAAAAGGCCUGCAAGAAACACGAUGACAACCCCAUUACUCCUGGAAUAGAUACACCAGACCGGUCAAGCCCUCAGGUUGUUAUGCCACCAAAUACUCUCGAUGACACCGAGACUGUUCCACCCCCAUUACCCAUGCCAACGUCCUUUGAUAUGGACUGGGACAUUUUCACCGAACCUCACGUACUAGAAGAUCAGACAGUCAUGCCCCAUGACCUGCACAGCAUCGAUAUCGACGAAGUCUUUGCCAGGGAUUUGGGACUCUCGUUCUCCGCGCACCUGCCAAGCGACUACAACGUUCGAUGA